AUGAAUAACGGAAGCGGACCAUUGGGUGGUCCGACAGCCAUCCUAUGGAAAAAUAUGAGCCAAUUCUCGUAUAGCCCUCACCAAUCCCCAUUAAGAUAUAGUCCCUCCCUUUUAAGCCCCCCCCGAAGACUGGACCCUUCGUGGCCCCUCCGAGGACUUCCUUAUUGUUCCCAUCGCCUAUAUCCGUGCCAUGGGAAAGAGGUAAAGCAACAGACCCCUUCUGCUGCUGCUGCUGCUGCUUCUAAAGGUAUUUUCGGGGCCAAUACAAUCAAUCAGCCAGAUCGUAUUCACGCCCAAGCGAAACGAUACCUGAAGAGGCAGCAAUACGGUGGCGUGCAGCCAAUCUCGGUAACGAAAAAACUUUAUUGGCCCUCUUCUAAGACACUCUACACAAUAGUGCAGGUGAUGUCUUACUGUCAUCAAGUUGCUCGUUUUCUCUCAAUUUUUUUGGGAGGAAAUUUUGGGUCUGAUAAGGACGGACCCUCCCGAUUGGUGGCGGAGGGACCGGGAUUUGACUAG